AGAGCCGACCUGGCCUGGGCUGCCGAGAGCUGGUCUUCAGGAACCUCUCCAAGGUGCUUCCUGCCAUCUGUCACGAUAUCACCGACUGGGUGGUGGGGACGAGGGUGAAGGCAGCGCAACUGUUGCCAGUGCUGCUGUUGCACGCCGAGGACCACAUCACACAGCACCUGGAGAUCAUCCUCAGAACCCUGCAUCAGGCAUGCGCCGACGAGGAGAAAGCUGUGGUCAGCAGUUGUGUAAGAGCUGCAGAACUCAUUGGCACCUUCGUCAACCCAGAAGUAUUUCUGAAACUGAUCUUAGCCAUGCUGAAGAAAACAUCCUCUGCCUCUGGCCUCUUGAUCCUCGCUUCUGUCAUCCGGGGUUGCCCCCGGAAUGCCCUGCAGCCACACCUCAAGGUCAUAGCCACAGAGCUGGCCCAGGAGCACAUCUGCCAAGGGUCUGAGAAUAAUCUCUACCUGGAACAUCUGCUGCUGUGUGUGCAGGCUCUGCUGUCUGUGUGUCGGGAAGACUGUCGUGCUGCCAGCCUGCAGCUCUUGGAGGUGCUAGUGACAAUAAUGGCAGUCUCAGAUGCCGUGGGUCUUGAGAAGAAGGCUCAGAAGACCAUGGAUACGCUGGCUGAGGUGGAGGAUCUCCCCAGCAGUCGGGAUGUCUACCGCAAGCAUGUGGGCGCACUCCUGGAGCGGCUGACAGCCUCCCAUGGCGAGUGGACAGUGCACUGUGUGCAGCUGCUGAAGUUCAUUGUGCUCCUCACGCAGGCAGGCCCAGCUGUGGGAGAAGCUCUGCAGUAUGUGAUCCCCACCCUCAGGGCCUGUCUCCAGCCCAGCACAGACCCACACAUGCGCCUGAAGCUCUUCUCUGUCCUGUCCACGAUGCUGCUGAGGCCUAAGGACACUGUCGACUCUCAGGGACAGUUCCAUGGCUACCUAGAUACGGUAAUAAAUGACAUCCUAGCCCCCAACCUGCAGUGGCAUGCAGGGAGGACAGCUGCAGCCAUCCGGACAGCUGCCAUAUCCUGUCUGUGGGCACUCAUCAGCAGUGACAUCUUAUCGGCCAAGCAGGUGCAGGAGGCACAGGAGACCCUGAUGCCACGAGUGCUGGCCACGCUGGAGGACGACUCCCAGACCACACGCCUGAUCUCCUGCCGCAUCAUCAGUAUGUUCCUCAAGAACUCAGGGGACACCAUGGAGCCAGAGAAAUUCCUCAAGAUCUAUCCUGAGCUCUUGAAGCGCCUAGAUGAUGUCUCCAAUGAGGUGAGGAUGGCAGCUGCUUCCGCCUUGCUCACCUGGCUGAAGUGCAUAGAGAGCUCGGACGGGAAAUCCGCCUAUCAGAGCAGCGUUCAGUUCCUGUACAGGGAGCUGCUGGUCCACCUGGAUGACCCAGAAAGUGCCAUCCAAGACACCGUCCUAGAAGUCCUCAAGGAGGGCAGCGUCCUGUUUCCAGAUGUGCUGGUGCGGGAGACAGAGGCUGUCGUGCACAAACAUCGCUCAGCUGCCUACUGCGAGCAGCUGCUACAGCACAUGCAAACCAUGGCUGCCGCUCGGUGACCGUGUGCAUCACCCACUGCAGAGAGACCAUGGUGUCCUGGAGACCUCGCAUCUAAGACAGCCAUGUCCACAGGCCUGGCUCCCUAGGACCCCACCAGCCAUCAGGUGGUUCUGGAGCAUCAGCUCCUGUUUUUCCUAAGCAGAUUCUGAGAUUUUGAAACAUGCCUACUUUUCACAGAAGCGUCAGAAAGCUAACAUUAAAGUUAAAUGCCCCCAGCCAUGCCAGCUUCCCAGUUAGCUGCCUGAAUGUGAUGUUUUUAUUCAAGCCCCAGGGGGUCUUGGGCUGCUUUCAGACUCACCAUAAUGCUCUUCACAUUGCUGGAAAGCCAAAGCAAUUGUAAAAACAACAGCCAUCCACUUCCUCUGGGCUCUGUCCCAUCAUCUUGUGCUGAGGACAGUGUCCAGUCUUGACUCACUGAUAAAGUUUCUCCCAGUUUUUUUGGUUUUUGACACAGAGUUUCUCUGUGAGGCUUUGGCUAUUCUGAAACUGUAGAUCAGCCUGGCCUUGAACUCUCAGAGAUCCACUUGCCUCUUCUUUCCCAUACUGGGAUUAAAAGCCUGCACCACUACUACCUGGCUCCUCCCAGAUUUUAAAUACACCAGAAUGUCUUGCAAUGUGGGUGCAGUGUCCUGGUGUUUCUGUUUCUCAGCAUUAGCGAUGCUCGUGGGUAAAGGAUAGGAAACCAGCAGUCAGUGAGGUAGUCAUGCCCCAGUGUUUUUUCCACCAAGUGCCUAAAAAAAAGACUUCUAAGUGGUUGUUAUCAGCAGCCAGUAUUUUUGUUGUGACGAUGUGGGGGAGGGGUGGGGGUUUCCAAAGAAUUUUAACAUUUCUGCUUUGCAUUUAUGGAAUUAAAUUAUUUAUUAUAGUUAA